AGUGAACAGCAUUCUGUAUCAGCGUGGCAUCUAUCCGCCGGAGACGUUCCAGCACGUGUCCAAGUAUGACCUGACCCUGCUGAUGACCUCUGACACUGACCUUGUCGCAUACCUGAGCGGAGUCAUGAAGCAGAUACGAGAGUGGCUUGCGGCGAAAGUUCUCCAGCGGAUGGUCGUCGUCAUCACACGCGUUGACACUCAGGAGACACUCGAACGAUGGCAGUUUGACAUCGACACAGACAAGACCGUCACCGACGACAGCUCACCAAGGAGCAAACCGCUGAAGGAGAUCCAGAAGGAGAUACGCGACGUCAUACGACAGAUCACGGCCAGCGUCACCUUCCUGCCGCUGCUAGACUGCCCCUGUUCGUUCAACAUUCUAAUCUACACGGAUAAGGAGAGUGAGGUUCCGGAGUCGUUCGAGGAAUCCGGUCGAUGUUUCAUCGCAAACUCGCAGGAGGUUCGUCUGCGAUCGUCACGACGACAGUCCACAGGUCGCACACGGUCGCUCUGCUACACGGUCGACGACUAGGGCGGCGCCACGCGCGCGUCCGGUCGCCUGUGCACGACGUAUACAGUGUAGCGAUGCGUCGGACAGUCAGCAACAAGGGGGGAAGAAGCAGGGAG